CAAUCACACACACACCCCAAUCACACACACACCCCAAUCACACACACCCCAAUCACAUACACCCCAAUCACACACACACACCCCAAUCACACACACACACCCCAAUCACACACACACACACCCCAAUCACACAGACCCCCCAAUCACACACACCUCAAUCACACACACCUCAAUCACAAACACCCCAAUCACACACACCCCAAUCCCACACACACCCCAAUCCCUUCACGCAGACCCCAAACCCUUCACGCAGACGCACACAUCUCACACGCACGCCCUGCCGCGAACAGGCGGAGCGAUUCGAGCAGUUCUUCAUCACACCCACACACGGGCACACAGGCGCACACACUGACAGACACACACAGGCGCACACAGGCGCUCACACCACACACACACACAUCUCUACUGCACUCUCACUACAGCCCGCGCUGCGCGUGCACCAUCACACACCACGCACCGCCCUUGCUCGCUCCGCGCACAUCUCCACCAUCAUCAUCUCCACCAUCAUCUCCAGCAUCAUCGUCUCCAUCAUCUCGCAUCGCCAUGGCUGCCGCCGCCGCUGCCCUUGCUCCGUGCGCCGGCGAGGAGCGCCGCUCGGUGCUGUCGCUGCUGCGCCAGGCGCAGUGCCGCUACGAGAGCCUCAACAUAUCGGACGACGUGUUCGGCGAGUCGGGGGACGACGCCACGGACGGGGGCGACAGCAGCGCGGGGAACCCCUUCUACAGCUCCUCCGACAGCUCCUCGGAUCACGGCGGAGGCACCGGCGGCGCCACCGCCGUAGCGGCCGCGGUGACGGCCGGGGGAGCCGAGGCGGGCGAGGCGGGCGAGGCAGCGGAGGACGCGGGGCUGUUCUUCAGAAACCCGCUGGCCGAGGAGGGCGAGGAGAGGGGGGGAGAUGCCGGCGAGAGGGAGGCGGAGGAGUGCGGAGAGGACGGGUGGAGCAGCUGCCUGCGGGACGCGGCGCCCUUCCCCGACUUCACGGGGAGCUGCGGCCCCACGCUGCAGAUGCCCGCGUCGGCCACUCCGGCGGACUUCUUCCAGCUGUUCGUGCCUGACGGCCUUCUCAAGAUCAUGGUUUCCCAGACGAACGCCUACGCUCGCAAGUUCCAGGAGCGCUUCGGGCAGGAUCCUGCCUGGCACGAGGUGGACGUCGCUGAGAUGCGAGCCUUCCUUGGCGUGGUGGCCUCCACGGCGACACACCACUGCGAGUCGGUGCUCAGCAUCUGGGGCGGCGGUUUCUACGGCAACCGCAGCGUGGCGGUGGCCAUGACGCGCGUCCGCUUCGAGAAGCUGCUCAAGUACUUUCACGUGGUGGCGUUCCGCUCCGCCCGCGAGGACCUGCCGGGCCUCUACAAGGUGCAGCCCUUCCUCGACUCGCUCAAGUCAUCCUUCGAAGCGUCCUUCAUGCCCUCCCAGACGCAGGUGCUGCACGAGCCGCUGAUCGAGGAGGACCCCACCUUCCUGGCGGCGUGCACCAGCGGCGGCUGCGCGUCCGAGGGGGGCGAGCGGCGGCGCAGGAAGAAGCGCAAGUUUGGUCUGUGGGUGCGGCAGUGCUCGCAGACGGGGUUCAUCUGCCAGAUCCACGUGCAUCUCAAGGAGAGCAGCGGCAGCGGCUCGGACUGCCUCGACGCCUUCCGCAGCAAGUCCCAGCUGCACGGCCUGGUGGCCAGGAGGCUGUGCCACAGCCUCCCCCCGAACGGCUACGUGAUCUUCUGUGGGCCCAGCAUCACCAGCCUGCCACUCUUCCAAGAGUUCCAGGAGAAGGGCAUCCACUGCUGCGGCCUGCUGAGCCCACGGAAGAGUGACUGCACGGGAUUGCCCCGCACGGCCCUGACGGGGCCGAAGCAUCCGCUGGCUCGUGGCCAGCACAGCGCCCUCAUCAAGGGCGGCACCUCCUUGCUCUGCUGGUCCAACAAGAGCCUCUUCAGAUUCCUAACCAACGCCUACUCGCCGCUCAAGCAAGGAGCCAUCAUCAAGCGCAAGGGUGGACACCUGAUGGAGGUGGCUUGCCCACAGGCUGUGGAAGCCUUCGCCGCUCACCUGGGCUACAUCUGUAAAUACGACGACAAAUACAGCCGGUACUUCAUAUCGCACAAGCCCAACAAGACGUGGCAGCAGGUGUUCUGGCUGGCGCUCAGCAUCGCCAUCAACAACGCCUACAUCCUCUACAAGCUGUCCCCCGCCUACCAGGCGCAGCGCUACAGCCGCGCGCAGUUCGGCGAGCGGCUCGUGCAGCAGCUGCUGCGCCUCCCGGAGGCCAACGGCCCUGCCACGGCCUCCCCGGGCACAGAAGACGCUCCGGGGAGUACGGCCGCUCCGGGGAGUACGGCCGCUCCGUAGACCGGCGGCCCUCUCCGAGGGAUGCAAAGUCCUAUGGACUAUUUUCGGUUUACCAGUGCUUACUUGUCUUAUUCUCCUGGGAUUAAAAGCGAACGUAAAAAAAAUGUCCGCCGCCGCUUGGGUGGCACGUGCGGCGCUGUGCGGAGCGCGGAGUCUUUGUCGCUCUGCCGCGUCUGGGAUGCAACACUUAACGGGCAGAGAAGUUAUCGCCAGGUUUACAAUGAUCCCAUGCCACGUGCGACUGACAGGGAGCUCGUUCUCUCGAGUUGUCUCCUGUUCUCUCGUGUUGUCUUGCAUAUCCAACUCUUUAUCGCGUGCUCUGCGGUUCUCUGAAUUCCCAUUCUGGGUCCCAAAGACAGUUCGGCUCUGGGUGGAACCAGCGGCCGUGUGUUUGUGUAGUGCUUGAAAACUCGUCUGAGAGGUUUUUAGUAGAGGCUGGAUAUAAGCACACCCCUCGGGUGGCAAGGCCACGUGUGCUUAUAUCCAACAUAGUGUGCUUGUAUCAGAUGUCGUUCCCCACCUGCACCUCAUCAGUGUAACGUAAGGAUGUCUUUAUUUAUUUACACUUGUGAAUAUUAUGGUCCAUGUUACCCAGGAAAGCCUCACUGAGUCUCAAGACUCCAGGAGGGUCCUGCCAAGUUUGCACAGUAGAGAGGCGAUGUUGUUUCUGUGUGUGAUCCCAAUGGAGUAAUGUGCAGGUAAUUGUUCAGCAUUGGGAUGUUUGGCCAAUACCGGUGGCAUUGUGUGGUUUCUUUUCGGCGAUUGAAGGAAACCGGAGAACCCAGAGAGGGGAUACCCAAUGUAGAAACGAGGGAGAAAAUACAAACUCCACGCAGAAAGCUACCAGGGUCAGAAAUGUAACCCAGGCCCUCCUUGCUGUGAGGCACGAACGUUACCACUGCCACUAUGCUGCCCUUAUACAGCAGCAGAAUUGUGUUUUAUAUCAACCGUCUACUGGAUUGAUAAAUAAUGUUUUUGUUAUUAUUUCAAUUUUUUUUUUAUUACAAAAAUAACUCUGACAUUUGAACAUCCAUUGCUGGAUGAGGCCCUCACUAUGCCGUUUCGGUGACGAGGUUUCUUUGGCCAUACUUUACCACGCCGGUUGGCGCAGUGCAUUGAAGUGGCCAGGUGUUUGCGUGGUGCGCUAACCGCUGGCCCACUGCUCCCCACGCGAUUAUAUUUCUUUAGGCAAUUGACGCAAAAUCUCAAGUUGAGGAAGUACGUUGGUUCUGUGAGCACGGCAGGAGCGUAAGACGUCACGGCGGCCGGCAAACCCGAUGAUCACCUUUGCAUGCCGAGUCUACGGCGCAUGGCACGGAUAGACGCAAUACGCACACGAUGCGCCACACGUGGUACGGUCUGGUGGUAAUCGUGGACGACUGCACGAGAGGGCUGCUGGCGAGUGGGUGCGCGCGCGUGCGUGCGCGUGUAGGGAUUGUAUUCCUGUGGGGCUGGGCUCUCCCACUUUUUUUCAAGUAAUCGAUGACUGAAUUAUUGGUCCGAUUAUAAAUCGGAUAAAAUUCUAAAUAUUGGGUUUCCACUUUUCUUCUUUUCUAAGUGGAAAAUGCUCCCUUAACUCGUCUACAGUAACGUCAAAAGCACCACUCUUCCAUGUCAGAAAACGCCUUGCCUUGAGAUUCUAGUGUGUGUGUGACUAGUGAGCGUGUGAGAUUCUAGUGUGUGUUGUACACAAAGAUACUCGCUAACAGCACUUACCCUAACAGCCUGUUACGGCUAUGCGGGGGAUCUUUGUCUUUACGCAUUGGCGUGAUCCCUACACUGCGGUCAUCUAGACCUUGGUCUCCACCGCGCGCUGUGGCUCUGCCUCGUGGUGUCACCGCGGGCCUCUCCCUGAGUGAGAGGCCGGGCAGCGCAGUCAUCCGGGGCGGGGGGAGGAGGGGGGGCGACUCUGCCCCCCCAUGCCACCACGCGGUGUCUGCAGGGCGCUCCGAAGCGAUUGUCGGCCGUGACGUGCUCACCGUGGUUCUGCGGCUCACAGGUGAUGUCAUUGUCCCUGCAAGUCCGAAAUUUGAACAUUAACCUCAAAAUGAAAUUGUCAACAUGAAUAACUGCCACUAAAGAACUCUACAUAAUUACGUGUAAGCUUGCAAACAUGGUCGUUAAUUUCUUAACGGGCUCUUCUCACCUCGUUAACUAUGAGACCAUUCAUCACCAAGGCUGGCCUGAGGUGUCGCUCCUCUCACGGUCUCGGGAGGCAGCAGCAGCAGUCCGUGCAGUGCCUGCGCCUCAGCCGGUCUCAUCAUCAUCAUCAUCUCCCCAUGGCGGAUGAUGAAUCCAGACUCACCGAUACUCAGCACUCCCCUUCUGUAUGUAUGUUGAACUUCUUUCGCACCGUACGUAGCCAACCGUGAUAGUCAGAGAUGCAGGGGAAGCACAACAAACGAAACACGAAAAGCAGUUUUAAAACGAAUUUCUUUAGAUCUAGAUUUAAAAGUGCUGCUAAUUUCACGGAUUUGUUUACGCAUCUUUAAGUCUGUUGUUUUAAUUCCUACAAGUGCCCAGUGCCAUGGUUUUCAAUUCGAAGAUAAAACAUUUAGAUUUUUAAAUGAAAAUAUGUGUAUCCUAUACCGCGUGAUUUCAAAAAAACAUCUCUGUUGUAAAUUGUCCUCGAGUGGUGACCGUGCUCGUAACGUCCUCUGUGGAAGGGGGUGGCACGGCUCGUGCUGGAGUGCCACCCUCGCUCGCUCCGCUUGGACGCAGACGCACUGGAAGCCGCGCCUGGCCCCCUCGCGGCAGAAGCGACGACGUCCCCUGCCUGGCGCGCCACGGCACAGCCAGACAGAGACCGCCGCUCCACACGUGACCACCACGUUACAAAUGACAAAACUCGCCACAUUCAUCAUUACUGCUGUAUCAUAUAACACAAAUGAGGUGUAGGGUAGUGGCACAGCGGUUAGCGCACCGCACGACGAACCCACUGGCCUGGGUAGGAGCCCCUGCCGCUGCUCCCACAGGUGGCGAGUCAUCGCUCACACCCCCUUCACCAAUCCACGUUGACCAGCAUGGUGAAGUAUGGUCAGUCACCCCCUACCCCUCAAUCACACGAAGUGGGGAGGUCUUUAUCCAGCAGUGGAUUGACAAAAGGCUGUGAACUUAUUUCCAUCAUCAUGAUAAAAUAAUGUUGAUAUCCUCAAGUGUUGGGUAGUUGCUUUUAUUUGGUGUAGAACGGCAGGGACAUUGCCCCAAGCAGUUACUGAUGUAUAUCGCGAAAUGUAAUAUGUUCACGACUGCCAAUGCAGUUCCCUUAAGGAUGUUUUUGUGUAAUGUAGAGCAUUUCAAUAUCGGGGCACGAGAUGAGAAAGUGUGGAGAUGAGAUGAUGAGUAACCACGAGACCCCAAGCAGGCUCCGCAGGCGAGGGGACAUUCGUCUGUGCAUGUGCGCGUGUCUCAGCGAGUCGCUACUUGUCCUGCUGACGACGGUUUUGCGCUCGUCGGCGAGGCUCGGUGUGGGAAUCCGAGAUGGGCACCGCGCGUUGUCCUGGCGCCAACCCCGAGGGAGGUGGCUCCGUCGUGCGCCCAAGACGUCUCGAGAGACGCUCGCAGCAGCGGCGGCGGCGGCGGCCCGUGUCGCCGCAAUACCGGAGCUUGGUUCGUCGUCCACACUCGGUGUGUGUGUGUGUGUUGCCGUGCGUCGCCGCACACUUUGUUAGUGAACCGCACAUGUAUUUUGCACUUUAUGUUACGCACGUGUAACAUGUUACAACGUGUCCGUUGGCUCGCGCUCUUCCAAUGUUAUAGCCAUGGCUACCAAAGUAAGCUCAAUGUCGGUGUUUGUCACGAAAAGAGCACAUGAAUCAUUGCUGCCGGGGGUUGCUUCAAUUGCGAGCAUCUCCCUGUGCGGUUGUGGCCUUGGCAAUGCAACCUGAGUGCUGAUUGUGCUGAUCCAAACACAAAUCUCUCCAUUGGUAACAGCAGGGAGAGAGAGAUCACCUGGCGGGGAAUUGUCCACCACGACGCUGGCAGUGACCCACGAGCGAGUCGGUCAGCCUCUAGUCGUGAAAGUGAAUAGUGAAUGCGGUGCGUCGCAUUAGAUCGUCGUUGUUAUUAUCCACAAGCAGUUGGAGUCAAUUCUGUUCGGUUUUGUGACUUUUACAUCUCCGACGUGAUCACUCCAAACUUAGUCUUUACCCAACAUGCACUUUACUAUUUUAACAAUGUUGCAUCAAUUGACACAUUAAUUUGGUGUGUGUGUAUAUGUAAGCCUUGCUCACUACGGAGAUAUUCUUUGGGUCUUUCGGUAAAGUCACGUAGAUAGGUUGAAAGAAAAUAACAAAAAAAAACUACGAUUCCAUCACAACUCAAGCGGUCGUCAUGAAGAGGAAACACGAUCGCUUGUGGCGAUCGCAACGUAGUAGUUUAUUUAUUUAUUAAUUUGUACCUAUCUACGUGACUUAACCGAAAGGCCCAAAGAGUAUACGGAGAUAUCGUUAGUUUUGCCAUCUUGUUCAAGAGCUGCAGACAGGAAUUAAACGUGGCUCUAGUUUUAUUCUGCUGUUCCACUCUUAAGGAAAACUCGCCUUUAGCCCGUCCAAGGACGGCUGCAUUGCAGCAAAUGUGAAACUUGCAAGCGAAAAUCAGACCACGACUUGAUAUUCAUUGCAUCCAUUCGUGUGCAAUUUGUAAGGGCGCGGUGACAGACUUCAUUCAUUUAAAGGUUAUAAUCCCUUGUUCACCACGACGUCCUUUUUACUUUGAUGUCUCAACAACAGCGUGACGGAGAUCGCGUGACGUGAGGGUUCUGCCUUUGUAGUGAGGGUUGUGAGUGACGCCGAGGGGGGGGCGCCUCGGCCCCCCAUGUGGAGUGACGUCACCCGCUAAUUAUUAUGAAUGGGGGGCGUGUCCAUUGGAAAGACGUCACCUCUUCAUGAUUAUUAAUGAUGGGGGGGGGGGUCUCCAUGUGGCGUGACGUCACUCGCUCGUGAUUAUUAACGAGGGGCGGGUCCAUGUGGAGGACGUGACCUGUGCAUGAUUAUUAAUGAGGGGGGCUGGUGGAGUGACGUCAGCCGCGUUACACACUGACGCUCUUGGGGUAAAUAUCGUAGUGAAGUAAGGACUCCUCGGCACUGGCGCACUUUCACGAGACCAGACACGGAGCACUCGAACGGCGUCGCUGUCGAUCCGCCAAGCCGCAGAGACGCAGCACAACGCGCGGCGUCCUGCCUAGUCAGUGGCUUCAGCUGCUUCCCUCGACUCUGGCGGCCUUGGCCCAGAGUGCAGCUUGCAGAGGGGCCAGUGAACUGCUUUGCUUUCGCUGGUGCCUGCCACGUCGCUGUACCGUGCCAAGUCGCCGAUUGAUGUCUGUUGCCACGGGGCGCGGUGUCUGUCAGACCGCGCUCGCCGCAGUCUCUUCCGUCAGUGGCGCUCUUUGACUUCCCCCUUCACAAGAGAGUGACGCAGGCGUCUACCCACGGGGGGUGGUGUUCAGUUCGUCUGUGGGUUGAACGCAGCGCUCGCCGGAGACUGCGGGUGAGAGGAAAACCAGACAUUGGCAGUCGACUCAAAUGCGGAGCAACGUUGCCCCCCCCCCCCCCCCCUGUGGCCGUGUUCGCCCAACUCGUAGCGCGCUCUCCGUGCGCAGUCCUCGGGACCUCGACCCCGCGCCAGUCGGUUCCUGUCCCCCCCCCCCCCCCCCGACUCCAGAAUCAGGGAACGGAGUGCGGUUUGAAGAUCUCCCCACGCCCACCCCUCGCUGCGACGGUGGCCAAGCACGUCGCUUGUUCCACCGCCGCCGCGUAUCCGCCAUGACCAGUUAACCGCCCAUGGCACAACCGCAGUUGUUCUCUACAGAUGUUCACAUAUCCGCCGAUACCUCAGACCGCAGCGGGGCGGACCCGCGACGUUGUGCGGUGUUGGUACAGGCGAGCGCGGCGCUGCACGUGAAUAACAAUAAUGAUGAUGAUCAUGAUGAUGAUCAUGAUGAUGAUGAUCAAUCCCUGCCGCGAGAUUCGAGUGGGAACCGCUCUCCACGUGCAGCGAGUUCAGCUCGCACCGACGUCGAUUGCCGUGCGUGGAUCUCGCUGGCGCGACUCGGUUCUUCGCGGUCGCGGCAACUGGUCGUUCCGCGUGGUCGGGACAUGCCGGAAAGCGUGCAACGCUCUCGUUGUGUGCCUGGACACGCUGCGCAGAAUCGAAGGCUCACGGCAUUAUGCAUCGGCUAUGCAAUUGGUUAAAACGACAAGCGCACGAGUGUGGCUAUGGGGGAGGGGGGCUAUAGAAACAGACGCACGCCCGGAGCAACCCCGACAGGUUCCCAACGUGGCGAUCGCCUGCUCGUUACCUCCACGAGCCGCGUCACCUUCGCGAAUCCGUCUUUGUACAGCACCGUAGCGGGUAGUGAUCGGUUGUGAAGCAUUCCAUGUGUAGGGGUCGGUGUAGAGUCGCGUCCUGCCCAUCGGUGGCUUGGUGGCUGGUGCUGACCGCUGUCGCUGUGAGUGUGCCUGUGUUUGCAUGCUUUGUGUAAAUGUUGUCGUUUGUUAAAAGGCAGCGAGUUUCCGCAACCACUGCACAGACGUCACGGUGCAGCUCCCUGAGAUUGCGAACGUGGGAUUUGCAUUGCUUGCUGUCGAUCGUGAAAUCUCGGCUGAUGUGGGAAUCUAUCCCAUGAGAAUCUUGCUCAUGGGAAUCUAGCUGAUGGAAAUCUAUCCCAUGAGAACCUAUCCCAUUCCAAUGGUCUGGCUGCAGCCAUGAAAGAGAAACCACGGUCUUGUGCGCCGAGUGCGGAGUGGGAGCGAGGCCCUCCGUGCGGUCUCCAACGCCACACGCGCAGGGAACGAGCGAACGUUGCCCGUGUCGAACCGCGCGGCGACGCUCACUCGGACCGCCGGGGGAGAGCCGUGACAACGGUGACCGCCUGUGGGGGUGGAGGCGGGGACGAGAGGUCCAUGUUGCCAAGCCACGCGACCCACCACUCCACGGGUCUUGCAUGCAGCGGUCGUCGUCUUGUGCAAUAAUGGCUCUGUCGGUGUGGCAGGGCUGCCGGGGCAGUGAUCAAGCCAUAUACUCAAUCCAUGUAUCGUGGCACACACUUGGUGAUCCCCACAACCACGUGGGGACUGGAGGCAGUGGUUCUCGGUUUCAUCUCCACCACCACCAUGCCCCACAGCCGUCAGUCCAGCUUCGCAAGUCAAACAAUUAAGCGGCCCGUUCGAUAUUUACUGCCCAGUUCACGUUGAUGACUGAUAUACGUGUGGGUCAUGUUCGAUUAUAUGAAACGUUUGUGAAGGAUGGCGAGGACUCGGGUCAUAACUGUUACUUUAAGAGAUGGGAAGGUUUUAGUCUCUCUGUGGACUAAAACACAACAUGUUGGUGUAAGUCAAUCAACAGAGAUAUAUCAUUCACUAUCAUUCUUUACAAGUAAACGGACAAUGUUGUUAGAACAUUUUGGUUAUUUGCAGCUUGUGAGAGCUGUCGUUGGCCAGUCCUAUUUUAAGAUAAAGCUCCUCGUACACAGUAGUUACCAGGCUCCACGUUUAUGGAGCACGGCGAUCUCGUAAACGCAGGCAGGCAUGAUUCAGAAAAUUAUGAUUGCAAUAUGAACUGCGCAUUUUCAAUUACCCGAGUCACUUAUGAAGCAGAUGUUCACAAUGACAUAAACUAGCAAUGUCUGGUUUGGCAAUAUCUGCACUCGCCAUAACAGAGUUCGCUACACAUGACGCAGUAAACUCUGAGUGUUUUUGCAAGCGAAGCGUUUUUUCAGACUCCUCACGUUUCUGACCCUUCUGUCUUCACACGUGCCAGGGACUCGUGCCAUGUAGCUGCGGGCACCCGUGCACGCGUGCCAUGUAGCUGCGGGUACCCGUGCACGCGUGCAUCUCCCACUCGGUAAACGUACUGAUGUCCGCCGGCGUGGUGUAGGUGUGAACGACUGCUGUGUUUUCCAGCCCUUGUGCAAGUGUGUGCCACUGUAAUUACAUGGAGCUGUCCAGUGCUGUAACUGCUGAAAUGUGAAAUCAUGCCUCCGAUGAAUAAAAUGUAAUUUGGAUGUUGA